CUUUGCCCAGCUCACUGGGCCUUCUGUGCCCGCUGUCCCAUCCUGGGGCCCAUAUAAAACGGGUCAGGGCCCUCCCGAGUGCCUGCUCAGUUUAUCCCUAGAAGCAGCUAGCUUCUCCAGGUGCGUUGGUGCCAUGCAGCCCCGGACGCUCCUCAUUGUUGCCCUCUUGGCACUCCUGGCAUCUGCCCGAGCUAAUGAGGUAGAGGGGUCCUUGCUGCUGGGCUCUGUGCAGGGCUACAUGGAACAGGCCACCAAGAAGGUCCAGGAUGCGCUAACCAGCAUGCAAAAGUCUGAGGUGGCUGUGCGGGCCAGGGACUGGAUGGACGGUGGCUUCACCUCCCUGAAAAGCUACUGGAGCACAUUUACUGACACGGUCUCCAGCCUCUGGGAUUCUUCCCCCAAGGCCCUACCAGCCCCAGCUACUGAGCCUUGAGACCUCUACGUUCCAAAUGUGCUUGUGUGUCCAUCCUGCUGGCCUCUGGGCCUGGGUGGCCCCUGAAGGUUGUUUGAAAGGGAAAGUAUUGUCAUGUUUUCAUCCCUCCCCAGAAGUCACCUAAACAUGCUGCACCUAAUAAAGCUGGACAAGAAGAUGCCAUGA